AUGGCAACAAAUGGGUCAUCUGAGAAUGAAGCGGUGAAGAGGUCUCUCUUCUCUGCAACAUUUUCCUAUCCACCAACUUCAGUACAGAAAGUGAUGAGAGCAGAAAUCAUAGCCAACAUCACUUGGAAAAGCAUGUCCCUUGCUCCUAUAGUUCAUGUGGCUCUCUUGCCAAGCGCUGGCAUGGGCCAUCUUACACCAUUUCUAAGGCUAGCUGCGUUGCUUGUUCACCACCAUUGCCAAGUCACUCUCAUCAUUCCUCACCCCACAGUCUCUAAAGUUGAAUCAGAACUCCUCUCUCGGUUCCACUCUUCAUUCCCUCAGGUCAACCAAGUCCAGUUUCAUCUUCUUCCUUAUGAUUCUGCCACUUCCAACACCUCCAAUGACCCUUCUUUCCUUCGUUUUGCAGCCAUUCGCAACUCUUCACACCUUCUCUCUCUUCUCCUUGCUUUAGUUUCACCACCCUUGUCUGCUUUUGUCUAUGAUAUGACCCUGAUUUCCCCUGUUCUUCCAAUUGCUAACACCCUUGGUGUCCCAUCAUCAUUGUGUCAAAUGCCACAAGUCGCGGAUCCCAUCGUUGUGCUCUGUUCUGUUCUCCCUUAG